AAACAGAUGGCUUUUACUGACACCUGAAGACUUCACCUGAAACUUUCCCACCUCUCUCUCUCUCUCUCUUUCAUCUUAUCACCAUCGCUUCCACCUCCGAUUUCCGAAUCUUGAGAUUCUCUCUCUUAUCUUGGUUCUUCACUUUCUUCAGACAUUUUUUUUGUGGGUUUGUCUAUUUUUCGAUUCUUGAGAUGUCUUACAGCGACCCAAUUGAUAACCCAUUUCCACCGACCAACGACAGGAACUCUAUCGAAGCUGUGCAAAAACUCAAAAUUUACCAAGCUUUCCUCUUCUCCAUUCCCAUUUGCUUCACAUUCAUCGUCCUCUUUGUCUUCUAUGUUCUUUACCUUCGUCGAAGAAACAGCAGUGUUGAUUGGUCUUCUCUUGGAAUGCGUGGUGGUGGUAGCUUCGCCUACACCAACAAUCUUUCAAUGGCUGAAUUAGGGCUGAGCAGAGAAUUGAGAGAGAUGCUUCCCAUUGUUAUCUACAAAGAGAGUUUCUCAAUCAAUGAUUCAUCAUGUUCAGUGUGCCUUGGGGACUACCAAGCAGGUGAGAAGCUUCAACAAAUCCCAGCAUGUGGGCACACUUUUCACAUGGACUGUAUUGAUAUUUGGCUCACUUUACACACAACUUGCCCUCUUUGCCGCCUCUCUCUUAUCCCAAAAUCUUCUCUAGACCGGUCCCAUCAAAGGCCACAGAUUGUCUCUUCCAUGGAGAACUCUAAUGUAGAAGCUUCGACUCAACCAGAGUCCCAGUCAACAGCCGAAGCAGUAGCAGUAAGUCACAUCGAUGAUGGCCAAGCAGUUGACCGAGAUGGUAGUGAGGUCUUUAAGGAAACAGAAAAGAAUGAGCAAAACACCGUAGGGACAUCUAAUGAUUGUUGUAAUUCUAUUGGUUAAAAACUUUAAAGCUUUGUCCAUUGACGAUGUUUUGGUCUGUUGUUUUUCUAGCGUUUGUGACUCGACACAUUGGUAAGAGUGAAAUGAAAGCAUGACCCAUAGGGAUAAAAGAGAUAAAUUCUGAAUUUGAUGUUUCUAUAUGUCACAAAACUUAUACUGUCUUGGAAAAUCCUCUUAUAAAAGGAAUUAGUUGGGCCCCUCUCCAGAAUUUCUUCAUAAUACCUUCGUGUUUGUAAUUAGGCAAAUUUGUC